AUGUUGAUGAGAGAAAAUUUUAAAACGGAAAUAAUAACGAAAAAUGAAAAAAAAAAUUAUGAUUCCGAUAAAAUAAAAAAAAUAUUUUUUCCGGUCUAUACGAGAUUAAUGGACGACAUCGAUAUACAUUUAGAAUUGGAAAAUUAUUUGGAAACAAUUAAAAAAAUAAAUGAAAACCGUGAAAUUUCAAAUGAUGAUAAUGAUGAAUGUGAUGACAAUGAAUGUAAUGACGAUGAUGGGGAUGACGAUGAUGGUGAUGACGAUGAUGAAAAAAAUGACGUUAAAAUAAUUGAUUACGAUUCGGAUUUUUCCCCCAGUAGAGAAAAUAUUGAUAAUAAAUCAUAUACGAAGGAAAAGAUAAAACGUAAAAUUGAAACCUAUGAUACUCCAUUACCAUCAUCAUCAUCAUCGGCUUCGCAGGUUUUUGUUAAAUCAAAAGUAAAUAAAAUCAAAUCGAAAAUUUCAAUUUCAUCAUCAGCGGAUGGAAAAAAUAAAACUUUGGGAAAAUCAUCAAACGAAAUAUUUUUACUAUCAUCCGUUUCGAACGAAACUUUCACAAUUGUUAGAUCUUCGAACACGAAUUUAUCAAAAGAAGAAGAAAAACUCGAUGAUGAUGAUAUAUUGAAAACAAGCGAACAAAUUAAAACGUUUGAACACGGUGAUAAAAAUUUCAAAAUUUCAAAAUCGGUCGAAUGCGAUUUAUCCAAUUCAUCUUCUGAAUAUACCGAUUGCGUAACGGAAACGUCAUCUUUCUCUUCGGGAAAAUCUCAAAAACAUCCACGCGUUUUUAAUAAUUCGUCGGUUAAAAAUAAAAAAAAUAAAAAUAAAAUAAAAAAAGCUCGUUAUACGCCAUCGAUCGAAGCUUUAUUCGAUAUAUAUAAUACGAUAUUAAUCGAUAAGAAAAAGAAAAAAAAGUCAAACAAUAAAAAACAUAAAACUUUGCUAUCGUUUGUCGAGUUAUUACUCAAAGCAAAAUUAAACGAUACGAAAAUUUUUAAAUUUCCACAAAUAAAAGAUCCAAAUAAUUUGAAACCAACUCUUGGAAAACUUGAUUUUGAGAAAAAAACCCCCGGAAUUCAUUAUACUCGAACUCAAACCGUACAAGAAUACGUUACUCUGGUACAAUGCAUGUUAUCAUUGUUACCAAUACAUCACAUAAGCGUAUUGAAUGAUAUAACAGAUAAAGUUCGUAACACUUUUCACAGUAAUGUCAACAUAACGAUAAGAAAAAGGGAAAUAAACAAAACGAAAGUUAACAAACCUGAAAACAAAACAAAAAAAACAAUUCGAGAGAAAAAAAUUAUAAAAAAAAAUAAUCACGAUAUAAUAAAUCAAUUUGUUAACGGAGAGUUGUUUCCAGCACGGGAUAAGAGGGGAAAAAAUUUGAAAAUGUUACCUGGGAAAAAAUUUUUUGGAAAAAAAAAUUUUAUAACGGAAAAAAAAUUAUUGACUGAUUUGUACGAACAAAAUAAAAAAUUAUUAAUAAAUUUUAAAUUAUCCGAUAAUGAAAUGUCGAUAAAUAAAAAUAAUAAAUCGAUAUCGAAAGUGUCUCCCGUUAAUAAUAAUAAUAAUAAUAAUAAUAAUAAUUUGAGUUCACCUUCUGAAAAUGUUAAAGAAGAAAAAAAAGAAGCGACUGGAAAAUCAUCGAAAACAAAUUUGGAAUGUGGAAAAAUUAUAAAAUCAUCGAAUCAUCCUUUUGAUAAAACGACUUAUGACAACGAAGGGAAAAUUAUAAAAAAUAAUUUUCCGGAAACGCAAUCGAAAAUUUCCAAGACGACGGUCGCUGAUGAAAUUGUCGAAUCUUCAAACAUUCGAAAAAAUAAUGAAUUCGCAUACGUUUCCGGUAAAAAAGAAAUACCUGAAUAUCCGGUUCAUAAUAAAAUAUUUAAAGAAUUUUUAACGAGUAAAAAAUCAUCGGAACAUUUAUUUACGAGUCCUCCUCGUACCCCGAAUACUCCAAAUUCGAAAACGAUCGAUUCGGUUAAAUCGAAAAAAAAUAUACCGGAAGUAUCGUCGGAGAAAAACACGAUCGAGACCGCGAAUGGAAAAACGAGUAAAAUCGUGGAAGAUAAAAUAAGUCGUGGAAAAUGUAAAACUACGACAAGCGUUACAAAACCUUUAACUUCCAACACCGAUAAACAACCUAAAAAAAAAUUAACGAAUUUUAAUAUUGAAAAUUUGGAAAAACAAAAUUAUAAUCCCACAGUAACUCCUGGAAUUUUUUGGGAUAAGAAAAAACCGUAUAAAAAAACUACUCCAGCUGUCGAUUCGAUGAUUUCGCCCACAAUAAUCCAAAAAUCUCAACGGACAAAACCUGUGGGAAAAAAAAUGUCGCCUUUCAUAAAACAAAUGAAAACGUUAAAAGAAAAUCUCGAUGCUAUUUUAAACGAAUCCGAAAUAAAAAAUACAAAUUUAACAAGCGACGUUAAAGAAGAAAAACCAUUUGAAAAAAAAUUACCGAAUAAUAUUAAUUUUAAAUUAAAUCAAUCGAUAAAUGAUAAUAAUAAUAUCAGGCGUCAAGAGAUUAAAUGGGUGAAAAAUUUACACAAAAGUAAAUCGCAUACAUUAUUAACAAUGAAAAAAAAUAAAGAAAAAUCAGAUGUUGCUUUAACAAAAACAAUAUCGGAUUCAUUUUUAUUAGAUUCUAAAAACAAAACGUUUUUCAUAUUCGGACCCGUUAAUAUAUCAGACGAAUAUGAAAAAAUAAGUUUUCCAUCCCUUAUAAUACAAUCGGAUUCUCACAUAAAUACAAAAUCUAUAAUUCCGUUGACGAUAAACAAUUUGAAAAAAUUAAUCGAAACGAAUUCGGAUAAGAAAUUUUUCCCAGGAAGAUUAACGGAUUCGGAAAAUGAUCCCCCGUUUGUUACUUUCAUGUUCGUACCGAAAAAAAAAGAAAUGACCGAUGGUAUACCAUCGAAACAAAUAAGAGCUGUUUUUUUGGAUAAUAAAUGUUACGAAAGCGAUUCACGUCCUCAUUACGAUGAAAAAGAUAUUAAAAUCAAGGAAGAUUUGAAAAAAAUUGAAAAAUUUAUCGACACUUUACCGAAAUUGACGACGGUGAAAAGAAUCCCCGAAAAACAGGAAGAACGUCAAGAUCAAUCGAAAACCAUGCAAAACCAUGCAAAACCAUCUAAAAAAUUAUUAUCGUCAAAGAAAAGUAAUUUUUUAAAAGAGGUAAAUAGUUGCACGAGUAAAACGAUUCCGAAAAAGAAAAACAAAAAUACAUUGUACGGAUGCGAUGUGAAAAAACAAACAAUUGUUCCGUUGAAAAAACAAGAGAAUGCCAACAACAAUAACGACAACAACAACAACAACGACAGCAGCAACAUGAAUUCGGGGCAACGCAACGAUGAUGAAAAUAAAAAAAAUUACACGGAAAUUGUAGACGAGUUGAUUAAUUUAAUUAAAAUAAAAGAAAGUCUGUCGGAAGACAACAAACAACAACAAACGACGGAAACAAACGAUUUAAGCACAGUAAUCAAAGAUAUAUUCGACAUUGUCAUGAAAAUAAAAAAAAAAUUUGAAAUUUCCGAUGUUGUCAGCACUUCUUCCAGCACGAGCGAUCUUCACAUAAAACAAGAUGAAAAUUUAAUGAGUAAAAAAAUUGAUGACGUCAUUAAUUCAAACUUUUUACAAUGUUUAACGACGAUACAAAAACAAGAAACGGAUACGGAUGAAAACAAACCGGAAACAACGUACAAAAAAUCGUCUUUAAACGACAGCGAAACGAUUCUCCAAAUGAUAAAACCUGAUCCUGAAGAAAAAAAGCAGACGACAGAUUUUGAUAAAGAAAUUCAUUCAAAACCCCCCGUAUGUCUUAAUGAACCGAUUGAAAUUUUUUCCAACGACGUUCAAUCUCAAAAAUCAAUAUGUCCGAUUAUUGAUUAUAUUAUUAAUAAUAAUAAUAAAAAUAAAAAUUCAAAACUAUUCACGUUUGAAAAUAUUUACUUGAAAACAUCGUUACCGGAAACGGCUAUUUGGAGAAAUUGUUGCAAUAAUGAUUAUAAUAAUGAUCCUAAAUUUAAAGUUAUCAAUUUAUCGAAUUCUUGCAUCGUUUCACAAAUGACAACAAUGACGGAAGACGAAGUUUUUAAAGAAAUUGAUUUUUGCUUACGCGAAAAUUACGUUUUUCAGGCAAUUAAAUUACUGGAAUCUUUUUACAAUAGUUAUUUGUCUUUUUACGACCCCGACUUUAAACGCAAUCGUAUAAAUAAUAAUAAUAAUAUCGAAUACGAUAAUGACAAUUCAUCAAAAAUAUUAUUAAAAUCUCUAACUGAUAAAUGUAAAUGUUUGACUGGAGAAAUAGAAAAAAAAGCCUGGUUAAAAGUUUUAUGGAAUUUAAACGAAGUAACAAAAAUAUUUUCCGUACCUAAUAAUCCGGCCGGCGUUUAUUCUCUCACCGAAAAUGAAUUUUCUGAAAAAAUAAAAGAAACUAUAUUUUUGGAACCUAAAAUAAUUAAAAGUUUAAUACAUCUCGAAAAGCAAAUAUACAAAACGAAAAUUUUUAUGAAAACCGUUAAAAAAUUUAAUUCUGAUACUAAAAUAUCCAAUCGAAAUACUCUCAAUGACCAUGACGAUGAUGAUGAUGAUGAUGAUACAGAUUUAUUGUGGUACGAUGCUCCGGAGGAAAACGUAAUAAUUAUGAAUUUGUCAAAUUAUUUAAUAAAAAAAUUAUAUCCGGACAAUAAAAUUUACGAAACGAAAUCAAAUGAAAAAAACGUUUGUGACGUGGAAAAUGAAAAUUUGUUAAACGAAUCGAAUGUUUCUCUAUUUCGUCACGAUAUUGAAAACGAUUUAAAAAUAGUUAAUAAUACGAAUAAUAAUAAUAAUAAUAAUAAUAAUAAUGUUAAAAAUCAUUGCUUGGAUGGAGUUAAAGAUAGAAUAAGAGAAAAAAGGAUAUUCGUACAAUAUCUUAUGGAUUUAAUAAGGGAUCCGGUACUUCCGGAUGUUCAAAUGGUUAAAGAAAUCGUAGCUAAAAAAAUUCAAUCACUCGAACAUUCAGUUUUUGCUCUGGAACGUCAUUACAAUAGAUUAAACGGUUAUAAAAAUUACAUGGCAUUAAAAAUAAAAUCAAGAAAAUGGCGUGGAAUAAGAUAUUUUUUUAAAUUUUUUUAUAAAUAUUUUGUCGUUAGGAAAUCGGAAAAUCGUCGUAAUAUCAAUAUUAAUUAA